AUGACUUGGUGGGCAGAGCACAAGUUUACUGAACGCAAGGUCCCUGGUUCGAACCCGACCUCUAAUUCUCGACCUUUUCCGUCUAGGCUUGGGCAACCUGGCGGUACCCCAUUCCUCGUACUUCCUCCGGAUGGCAUGGCAGCUAGGCACCGAAAGGGUGUUUUAGAGCUGAUCAAUUACCAGGCCGUGUGCUCGAAUCAGCGCGCAUUCGAAUCUCUCGUCCAUAAUUCUCGUUGGCUACGGUCGUCAAACCCCACUUGGUGGCUGUUACUGCGACACAGAUUCAAGUUGGCCGGAAGUCAAUUCAAAAAAGAGUGGAAAGCACCAAGUCUAAUAACACCUUGGUUCCCAAGAAACUGGUGUGGUUUCGACAAACAAACUCAUUUGCAAGUCGAUUUGGUCUCCACGGGAGAUUCAAGCGAAUCUCUUGUGUAUGAUGUUAUUCAACUGAAUGUGCUGCACACAGACCACUUCACGUUUCAGUCGAAAAGUUUUCAGCAACCUUGCUUAAGCAACCUGAUAGUGUCCCAGCCCCUCGUGCUUCCUUUGGGUGGCACGGCAGCUAGGCACCGACGGGGUGCCCGGUCUAAAAUGGGGCGUCGCCGUUGGGGUUGUCGUGACGUUAAUUGUCUUCCUGACUGUCAGCUACACGAUCCAAGUUUUCCGCGUGUGCGAUCGAUGCUACCACGAAUGUCCAAUUAUCGGCUUUGGCGCGGGUUGCGGCAAAACGCAUGUUAUCUCUUCGCUGAGCUGAAGCACCCUUUCAGUGUCAAACUGCCAUGCCACCUGAAGGAAGCACGAGGGCUUGGAUACCGCCAGGCUGCCUGGACAAGAGAAGUUGAGAGGCAGAGGUCGGGUUCGAACCACGGACCUUCC